AAGUGGCCGGUUGGCGGCUGCGAUAAUGGAAGCGUCGGGCUGAAGGGCUGGGAGCUUUUUGAGUUUCGCCUAAUUGGGCCCCCCUCCCCCCUUGUGCACCCUCCCUUGGUCCCGCCGCCAGCGGCCUGGGCUGGAGCGUAUGGCUUUGGUGAAGUGGACUGGACUGGUCAGCAGGAUGGGGCAGGGAAGGGGCUGGGAAGGCGGCAAGAUAUAUGCAUCCAUACACACAUACAUAUAUAUAUAUAUACAUUUUGCUCUCUUUGUAACUUGCAGGUUAAGUGGAGCUAGAGAGCUGCAUUGUAACCUAGUUGGAUUUUUUUUUUUUUUGAAGGGGGUGAGGGGAAGGAUGCGUCAGAAUCUAACGUGUCCUUAGUAGAGGAACAGGGGAGAAGUGGUCCAGUCAGCGAAGGUUGGUGUGUGCUUGUGUUGUGGCUGUGUGUUAGUCUUUCUACGAGAAUAUUAAUCAAUGGAUGUGAGUUUCUUGCUCGUGCUCUCCAGUUUUGGGACUCUGAAAAGACAGGAAUUCCCUUAAAAGCAAGACGAAUGCCUUUUUCUUUUUCUUUUUUUUUUAAAGCACGCAUUGUGUGUGUGUUUCCAGAGGAGCCGUGGGCUUGGGAAUUAACGGCAGGCUUCCCCGUUCGGUGGUUUCCAGUGGGAAAUCACUCCGGAAAGGGAACCCUUCAGUAUCGAUUUAUUGUUUUUGUCUUUCCGACCAUUAUCCUUUUGACCAAAAUACUCGCUGAGAAGUUCCACCGAGACAAAGUGAGUUACAGAUCUGAUCACUUCUGAGCACCUCACCGUGUCUCCAUCCCUGGGACUCUGAACUCAGCAGCUGGACCCCUUUGUUCUGGGAAUUUUGGGCCUCCUGGAUUCUGACCUUCCUCUUUCCCCCUUGCUCCUUCCCCCUCCUGAGUACUCCUGAAGACUGUAGGAUUGCCAUGGAGUCCAGGGAAAUCUUAAGCAGCUCCCGGCAAAGAGGGGGCGAGUCGGAGUUCCUGCCAGCGUCCUCAGCCAAGCCCCCGGCUGCCCCUGGCUGUGCAGGGGAACCUUUGCUCUCUACUCCAGGACCUGGGAAGGGGAUCCCCGUGGGCGGAGAACGCAUGGAGCCAGAGGAGGAGGAUGAACUGGGCUCAGGGCGGGAUGUGGAUUCCAACUCCAAUGCAGACAGUGAGAAAUGGGUGGCUGGAGACGGCUUGGAAGAACAGGAGUUUUCUAUCAAGGAGGCAAACUUCAGCGAGGGGAGUCUGAAGCUGAAGAUUCAGACCACAAAGAGGGCCAAGAAACCCCCAAAGAACCUGGAGAACUAUAUAUGCCCACCUGAGAUCAAGAUCACCAUCAAGCAGUCUGGAGACCAGAAGCUAUCCCGGGCUGGAAAAAAUAGCAAAGCUACGAAGGAGGAGGAAAGAAGCCACUCCAAAAAGAAGCUCCUCACAGCCAGUGACCUUGCAACUAGCGACCUCAAAGGAUUUCAGCCACAGGCUUAUGAGCGGCCACAGAAACACUCAACUCUCCAUUAUGACCCAGGCCUCCCACAGGACUUCACCAGUGACACCUUAAAACCAAAGCACCAGCAAAAAAGCAGCAGCCAGAACCACAUGGACUGGUCCACCAACUCUGACAGUGGACCCACCACUCAGAAUUGCUUCGUCAGUUCAGACUCUGGCAGAGAAACUGCAAGCACCAGCAAGAUCCCAGCUCUUGAGCCCGUGGCUUCCUUUGCAAAGUCCCAGGGGAAGAAAGGCAGUGCAGGGAGCACAUGGAAUCAGUUGUCCAAUAGUAGCAAAGAUCUGCUCUUAGGAGGUGUAGUUCCAUCCCCAAGCAAUCACAGCUCACCAGCCCCACCCAGCAGCUCUGCCGAGUGCAGUGGGCUUCAGCCCUUGGGGGAUCAAGAUGGAGGAGGUACAAAGGAGCCCCCAGAACCACCUACUAUCAGCAGUAAGAAAAAGUCCAGUAAGAAAGAUGUGACAAGUCAAACCAUACCAACCACAGACCUGGAUUGGGUCAAGAAUGCCCAGAAAGCAUUUGAUAACACAGAAGGGAAAAAGGAAGGCUACUCAGCAGAUAAUGCCCAAGAGGCAUCACCAGCCAGGCAGAGUAUGAGUUCUGUCAGUAAUCCUGAAAAUGACUCCAGUCAUGUCCGGAUUACUAUCCCCAUCAAGCCACCCUCUUUAGAUCCAAUGAGCCAUAAGAGGAAAAAGAGACAGUCCAUCAAAGCAGUGGUGGAAAAGAUCAUCCCAGAGAAAGCUCUGGCUUCUGGAAUUCCUAUGAGCAGUGAAAUAGUUAACAGGAUACUUUCCAGUCCUGAGGGAAAUAAGAAAGAUCCUCGAGUCCCUAAGUUGAGUAAAAUGAUAGAGAAUGAGCCUCCCUCAGUUGGCCUUGAAACUGGUGGAAAUGCCGAGAAAGUUGUCCCAGGAGGUGUGUCUAAGCAGCGGAAGCCACCCAUGGUCAUGACACCUCCAACAUGCACAGAUCACUCUCCACCAAGAAAGCUGACAGAAAUCCAACAUCCAAAAUUUGCUGCAAAACGGAGGUGGACAUGCAGCAAACCCAAAUCUGCCAGUAUGCUUCGGGAGGCAGUCAUGGCCACCUCUGACAAACUGAUGGUGGAACCCCCGUCUGCUUAUCCCAUCACCCCAUCCAGCCCUCUGUACACCAACACAGACAGUCUUACUGUGAUCACGCCAGUCAAAAAGAAGCGGGGACGACCAAAGAAGCAGCCUUUGCUCACUGUUGAGACAAUUCAUGAGGGUACUUCCACCAGCCCAGUCAGUCCAAUUAGCCGGGAGUUUCCUGGCACCAAGAAGAGAAAGAGACGACGCAAUUUAGCUAAGUUGGCCCAACUAGUGCCAGGAGAGGACAAACCCAUGGGUGAGAUGAAAUUUCACAAAAAGGUUGGAAAGCUUGGUGUGUUGGAUAAGAAGACCAUCAAAACUAUCAAUAAGAUGAAGACACUCAAGAGAAAAAAUAUCUUGAACCAGAUCUUGUCCUGCUCCAGCAACAUUGCUCUGAAAGCUAAAGCUCCCCCUGAGACCAGCCCUGGGGCAGCAGCAAUUGAGAGCAAACUGGGAAAGCAGAUUAAUGUGAGCAAGAGGGGAACCAUCUACAUUGGCAAGAAGAGGGGCAGGAAGCCAAGAGCAGAGCUGCCACCCCCGUCCGAAGAACCCAAAACAGCCAUCAAGCACCCAAGGCCUGUUUCUAGCCAGCCGGAUGUUCCAGCCGUGCCUUCCAACUUUCAGUCACUUGUGGCGUCUUCACCAGCAGCUAUGCACCCACUUUCAACCCAGUUAGGUGGGUCAAAUGGCAGCUUGAGCCCUGCCAGCACUGAAACCAAUUUUUCUGAGUUGAAAACUAUGCCAAAUCUCCAGCCCAUCAGUGCUCUUCCAACCAAAACCCAAAAGGGAAUACAUAGUGGAACCUGGAAGCUAUCUCCACCCAGGCUGAUGGCCAACUCACCUUCACACCUUUGCGAGAUUGGGUCCCUAAAGGAAAUAACGCUGUCCCCUGUGAGUGAGUCGCACAGUGAGGAGACGAUCCCAAGCGACAGUGGCAUUGGGACAGACAACAACAGCACAUCUGACCAAGCGGAGAAGAGUUCAGAAUCCCGACGGAGGUACUCUUUUGAUUUCUGUUCCCUGGACAACCCAGAGGCCAUUCCGUCUGACACCAGCACAAAGAACCGGCAUGGCCACCGGCAGAAGCAUCUCAUUGUGGACAACUUUCUGGCCCACGAAAGCCUCAAAAAGCCAAAGCACAAGAGGAAACGGAAAAGCCUGCAAAACCGCGAUGAUCUGCAGUUUCUGGCUGACCUAGAAGAGCUCAUCACCAAGUUCCAGGUGUUCAGGAUCUCCCACCGGAGCUACACCUUUUACCACGAGAACCCAUAUCCCAGCAUUUUUCGGAUUAACUUUGAUCACUAUUACCCGGUGCCAUAUAUCCAAUAUGACCCGUUGCUUUAUCUUCGUAGGACUUCAGACUUGAAGUCAAAGAAGAAGCGUGGUAGGCCUGCAAAAACCAAUGACACCAUGACAAAGGUGCCUUUUUUACAAGGGUUCAGCUACCCUAUUCCCAGUGGAAGUUACUAUGCACCCUAUGGAAUGCCUUACACAUCAAUGCCUAUGAUGAACCUUGGUUACUACGGUCAGUACCCAGCUCCUUUGUACCUAUCGCACACGCUGGGAGCAGCUUCCCCAUUCAUGAGGCCAACAGUGCCACCACCUCAGUUCCACACAGGCUCCCACAUGAAGAUGUCUGGGGCAGCUAAGCAUAAAGCAAAGCAUGGAGUACACCUGCAGGGACCUGUAAGCAUGGGCCUUGGUGACAUGCAGACAUCCCUGAAUUCUCCCAAGGUGGGCAGUGCCAGUCUGUCCAGUGGCCGGCUCCACAAGAGGAAACACAAACACAAGCAUAAGCACAAGGAAGACCGAAUCUUGGGGACCCACGACAACCUGAGCGGUCUCUUUGCAGGCAAAGCCACAGGCUUCUCCAGCCAUAUCCUGACCGAGAGGCUGAGUAGUGCAGACAAAGAGCUCCCAUUGGUGAGUGAGAAGAACAAGCAUAAGGAGAAGCAGAAACACCAGCAUAGUGAAGCCAGCCACAAAGCUUCUAAAAACAACUUUGAGGUGGACACCCUGUCUACACUGUCUCUCUCUGACGUCCAGCAUUGGACGCAGGCCAAGGACAAAGGUGACUUGAGCAGUGAGCCUGCAGACUCAUGUACAAAGCGGUACCCUGGUGGCGGUGGGGACGGUGGCAGCACAAGAUCUGAGAGCCUGGACAUGUUCAGUGAAAUGAACCCUUCAGGUGACAUGUGGGACAGUGACAUGAGUGGGAGUAAAAGGAGGAGCUAUGAAGGCUUUGGGACGUACAGGGAAAAGGACCUUCAAGCCUUUAAGAUGAACCGCAAGGAGAGAAGUUCUUAUGAGUCCUCCAUGUCUCCAGGGAUGCCAAGUCCCCACUUGAAAGCAGACCAGACCCCAGCGCAUAGUAAGAACGAGGGCUCAGUGACCACCAUGAUGACCAGGAAGAAGCCAGCCGCGGUUGACAGUGUUGCAAUUCCACCAACCCCAGUGUUAUCUCUCCUGGCUGCAUCCGCAGCAACUUCGGACACAGCCAGCUCCUCCCUGAAGAAGCGAUUCAAGCGGCGAGAGAUCGAAGCCAUCCAGUGCGAGGUGCGGAAAAUGUGCAACUACACCAAGAUUCUGUCCACCAAGAAGAACCUGGACCAUGUGAAUAAGAUCCUGAAGGCCAAGCGGCUGCAGAGACAAUCAAAGACAGGCAACAACUUCGUCAAGAAGAGGAGAGGGCGUCCCCGGAAGCAGCCCACCCAGUUCGAUGAGGAUUCCAGAGACCAAAUGCCGGUGCUGGAAAAAUGCAUCGACCUCCCCAGCAAAAGGGGUCAGAAGCCCAGCCUGAGCCCGCUAGUGUUGGAGCCAGCCGCCAGCCAAGACACCAUCAUGGCCACCAUCGAAGCGGUCAUCCACAUGGCCCGAGAGGCCCCGCCCCUGCCCCCGCCUCCGCCCCCGCCCCUCCCGCCCCCACCGCCCCCGCCCCCGCCCCCGCCCCCUCCUCUGCCCAAGACCCCGCGAGGCGGGAAGAGGAAACACAAGCCUCAACCUCCGGCGCAGCCCCCGCAGCAGCCUUCCCCGCAGCAGCCCCUUCCCCAGGAGGAGGAGGUGAAGGCCAAAAGGCCGAGGAAAUCCCGAGGGAGUGAGAGUGAUGUGCUUCCCUAGGGUGCGUCUAGGCGUCUGAACCUGGGGCUGGGGGGACUGACACAUUGGAAGUGCAGUGAGCCGGGGUGGGGGCGGAAUCCCCGCUGCAGGGACACCAGUGCCCUUCUCUCUCGCGAAGCUGGGCAGGCAGAAUUGGUCCAGAUUACGGGGUUGAGCCAUCAGGAGCUCUUGGGAAAGCAGAGGAGGGGGACACCUUCAAAAGAAGCUUGUGCAUUACAGCGGUCUCCAACCAAGCGGCGCUUCGGUAUUGCUAGAUCUCUUACAGGCGAAUAGAAGACCCAUCAAGGACAGAGCAGGUGGUACUCUCAGUCGCCAUCUGAGCGACAGCAUCCAAGGUGCGCGCUUGAUCCCAUUUCAUUUGCUGGCCAGGAAAAUCCAAAGGGAAACACUCUCCACUAGGAAACGUUCCAAGGGGAGAAAAGGUGCAAAUUUCGCAACUGGCUUUGUUGUAACCCACUUCCAUUUAACUGGUUUUCAUUUCGUUUCGUUUCAAAGCUCUGCUAGGCUUUGGGGCACCAACAUCAUCUACAAGUGACCCGAAUCUUCCUGCUAACAAUAGUUUCUCAGGUGGAAUCAGGAGAUGGAAUUGCAGUGAUAGACAACCAUAGACAUUCUUAUUCUUCUGUAUGCCUCUUCUAUCACUCCUGUGCUAAGACUCAGCUUCCCCAUUUUCCUUUGCCCAUUGUACUUCCACGUACCUUUUCAUUAACUUACCCGCUGCCUUCUCUUUCUUGGUACACACCUAAAUAACGUUAAUCAGCCCUUCACCUGUGUUGGAAAAUUCACUCUUAGUGUGCUGUCCCCAGGAGCCUGGCCUUGAACCCCAGUUAUUGUGCAACAGUUGCUCCAUACUGGUAGAACUUUUUUAGUAAGUGAUCAGAGCAGCCGAGGAUAUGUUGACCCACGUGUCAGCCAGGUUAUUUUUAUACUUAAAACAUAUCAGCAGAGAAUAGGCAGAAUAAAAUGGCUUUCAUAUCCAACAGCAAAUGGAAUAACUGACAAAUCACCAAAAACUGAAAACCCAGACCCACCAGAAAGAUAAGUGUCUAGCAAUGCCUUGGUAUGUGAUUUUUUAAUACAGUUAACUAUCGUAGAUCGUUAAUAAAGGAAACAAAAAAAAAUAGAAGUCUUUUAUCUCAUGAUAAUUGUUUCUUAAAAGCAAGUGGGAGUAAGUGUUCUUAUUUGAAAAAAAGAAUAUGAAAAUGCUCCAAGGGUAUCACCACUCCAAUUAUAUCAAGCCACCUUGGACAAAGAAUCCAAAUUGUGGUUGCCUUAAUAAACUAAAACAUUUUUGUACAUAAUGUAAUUAUAAAUCUAUCAGUCUGCAUGGAUGCAAACUGUGUGUGACAAAUCGUCUUUUAAAUGGUCAAUUUCAACUGUACAUUUCUCAUCCAAGUUGUACUCUAGCCAUUGGUUCAGCGUGAACAGAUACUCCAUCUCUAUUACCCAUUUUCACAACCCAAGUAAAAAAAUGUUAUGAAGAUUCAAAAUGAAGUUAUUCCAUUGCCGUAGAUGUUUUCUAAAAGUCAGAUGUGGAAAUUUCAAAUAAGCAUUUUCAAUUUCCUCCCUCACUCCUUCCCAUACCUCCCUCAGAACAUCAAACAGCUGGCAUAGUCAAUUAUAAAAAGAGAAACAGAGAAAGAGAAUUAAAUUUUCUAAUAGGAAUUAGGGUAUCUGGUUUAUCUCCAAAUUAAGUUUCUUUACAGGAAGUUGGAACUGGCUGAAAAUUGUAUUAUCACUUCAGAACAUAACAUUAUUUCCUUGUAGAGAAGAAGGAUUUUUGUUCGGGAACGUAAGAGAAUAAGGGAUGACCUAUCUAUGGGACUAAAUUUUAAAAAUCCCAAGUUAAUAUGCUUGCUAACAUCCCUGCUCUGUCCUGGCACCAACCAAAAAAAAAAAAAAACCAAACCCAUUGCCGUU